AUGGCAUUGAAGCGAGGACUAACCGAAGCUGUAACUUUGGGGAUUACUCAUAUCUCAAUCUGCUGCGAUCAUCAUCAAAUUUUUGAACUGGUCUUGGGAAGAUCCGUGCCUGAGAAAGAUAGCAUUGCCUUGCUAAUGGAAGAUGUGGAACGCAUCAGACAACAACUGACAUCUACCACACCUGUUCUUGUGACUGGAAAUCAAACCAAGAGUGCUUACAAGCUCGCAAUGGAAACACUAGUUUCUGAAAUCAGCAUAUGUAUGCCUCCUCAUGCUUCUGAUGAUCAGAAGACGAAGAAGAAGGAUUCUUGCAGAUUUUGUUUCGAAGAUGGUUUUGAAGCCGAGCAGAUGUUUUAUGUCGCUGUAUGCCGUCAUCAAUUCUGCGUGGAGUGCAUGAAACAUUACGUAGAGAACAGUCUACUCAGAGGCUGUUUUCAGAUGAAAUGCCCUAAACACGAUUGCAGCUCUGAGUUGACUAUUAAAAGCUGUGCCAAUCUUUUGUCACCUAAGUUAAGAGACAUUUGGGAAAAAAAGAUCAAAAAGGGCUCGAUGGAUGAUCCGUGGCAUGAAUGUAAAAAGUGCCAACACAUGAAUGAAAAUUCAAGUGGAAACUUGCAAGUAACUUGCAGAAAAUGA